UGUAGGGAGCGCUCGGGUGACUCACCCGCCGCCAGGACUGGGGGGAGCCGCGGGGAGCGGGCCCGGGAGCCCCCGAUCCCACCCUGGGACCCGGGGGCUCCGGCGCUGGGUGCAAAGCGAAACCCUCUCUCAAUCCCACUGCAAACCAAAUGCGCCCGGGAGAGCUCGAGGGAGCGCGAGGAGGGCCCCAAGGAGACCCCUAAAAGGGCUCUGCUUUCUCUCCCCCGGUGAUGGCUGGCACCGGGAGAGCCCAGGAGCCUUGCUGCUGCCGCCCUUCCUCCAGCAUUCCAUGAGCUCUGAGCUCUUCACCCUCACCUACGGGGCUCUGGUCACACAGCUGUGCAAGGACUAUGAAAAUGAUGAAGAUGUGAAUAAACAGCUGGACAAAAUGGGCUAUAACAUUGGAGUCCGACUGAUUGAAGAUUUCUUGGCACGGUCCAAUGUUGGGAGGUGCCAUGACUUUCGGGAAACCGCAGAUGUCAUCGCCAAGGUGGCGUUCAAGAUGUACUUGGGCAUCACUCCAAGCAUCACCAAUUGGAGCCCAGCUGGUGACGAAUUCUCCCUCAUUUUGGAAAAUAACCCCUUGGUGGACUUUGUGGAACUUCCUGAUAACCACUCAUCCCUUAUUUAUUCCAAUCUCUUGUGUGGGGUGUUGCGGGGAGCCUUGGAGAUGGUCCAGAUGGCUGUGGAGGCCAGGUUUGUCCAGGACACCCUGAAAGGAGACGGUGUGACAGAAAUCCGCAUGAGGUUCAUCAGGCGAAUUGAGGACAAUCUCCCAGCUGGAGAGGAGUGACCAUCCCCAGGACUGGAGGGGAGCCAGCAGGAGCACUGCUUGGAAUCCGAAGCCUCAGAGCUCCCUCGGCCUUUAGGAACUAAGUGACUCUCUAACAUGGUUGUUACAUAUUCUUCUAACUGUUUCCAUUCUCCAGGCUGAGAUAGUCUGUUUACCCCACAAGCGCAAGCCUACACAUUCAGGAGGGAAACUCUUUGCUCCAGUUCCCUUCAGAGGGGCUGGAUGAGGCCAUGUUUGGUUGGACUAGAAAGAGCUCAACCGUUUUACAUUCCUCUUUGAAUUUUCCAAAGCAAAACCCGUUUUGACCCCAUUCAGAGGCAAGCCUCCCCCGUCUUUUCCUGGGCCUUCGGGAAACCAUUGGUGAAUGGCUGUGGAGAAUCCAGGGUUGUGGGACGGGGGAGGAGAGGCCCAUGGGGUGGAUAGGAAUUGCUGGUUGUAGUGUGACACUCUCGUGCUUGCCAGGAAGGAGGAGUCUCGUGCCGGGAACACUGACUACUGGGAAGCCACACAGGUCUCGUUCCUCCCUGCUGUUUGGAGGCGACAUCUCCUCUUUUUACAGAGGGUCCAUCCUUUUUUUCUUACAGUUUCUUCAAUAAAGACACAUUCUUGAGUGAAA